AUGGUGACGCCCCGCCAGCUCGUACUCGUGCGGCAGGUGAUGGCCGCCAUGGUACAGGACCGGCCCUUUGGGGCACAGCUACCCGUGUCCCCAAGCUUCUCUGGUUUUACUUCAGACUCCGUCUGCUGCGUGCUCGGUGCUGUGCCGCGCUACUUCUUCCUCAGCUCCCGCUCCGUUGGCCGCCAGCGGCUCACGGCGCGGCACCGCUCGCCGCUCCGGCAGAGGAACCUCCGGCAGGAGGCUCGUGACUCGCGCGUUGGUGUCUGCAUCGGUGGCCCUGCGGCGCACAGAGAUCCCGCGAGGGUGCGGCUGGGGGUGGCCAAGGCGAUGGAGUUCUAUUCGUGGGUGGAGUCCUCAUGUGGGUUUGUGCACAACGAGGGCACUUGUAGGGAGAUGGCCCGCGUGCUGGCCAGGGCCAAUGCUCUGCGUUGUCUUUGGGGAUUCCUCGGUGCCAACCAGCGUCUCGUCGGCACCCCGACGAUGACGGCCGUUAUUAAGGUUCUUGGGGAAGAGGGCCUCUCGAGGGAGGCCCUGCAUGCGUUCUACCGGAUGAAGCAGCUUCACUGUAAGCCAGACGUGCAGACCCACAAUGUGGUGAUUGCGGCGCUCUGUCAGGUGGGGAAUUUGAAGAGAGCUCGAUUCUUGUUGGAGCAGAUGGAGCUACCGGGUGCAAGGUACCCACCAGAUACCUACACCUACACCAUCCUCAUCGCCUCUUACUGUAGGAGGAGCAUGCAAACUGGUUGCCGGAAGGCAGUCCGCCGGCGGAUGUGGGAGGCCAACCGUAUGUUCCGGCAUAUGCUCUUCAGAGGGCUCGUUCCAGAUGUUGUCACCUACAACUGUUUGAUUGAUGGACUCUGCAAGACGUACAGGAUUGGGCGCGCACUGGAACUGUUCGACGAUAUGCUCCUUAGGGGGCUCUCUCCCAAUCGGGUCACUUAUAAUUCCUUCAUUAGAUACUUCUCUGCUGUCAAUGAAGUGGACAAGGCAAUUCAGAUGAUGAGAGCAAUGGCUUCGAAGGGACAUGGCACGCCGACAUCAAGUUCUUAUACCCCAAUAAUUCAUGCGCUCUGUGAAGGAGGUAGAUUGAAUGAAGGUAGGAACCUUCUCGUGGAGAUGGUAAGUGGAGGUUCUAUCCCGAGAGAAUAUACUUACAAAUUGGUCAGUCAGACGCUGAUUGCUUCGGGAGAAGCACUGCUGCCCAUCGAUAUAUGCAGAAGAAUCAAUGCAGGUGUGGAGGCUAGACUGAGGCAUGCUAUCCAGGCAAAACCUCUUAUGGAUGGCGGAGGUUUGUUGAACAACGAGAAGGGUGAUCUUCCAUGCUAA